AUGUCCUUACGUGCUAUCCCAAUCGAACGACCAAAACACGCUGCACCAUUUCGUCCGAUCAAAAAAUUGUCACUAUAUCGAUGCAAAUCUAUCGAUGGAAAAUUCUCAAUAGCCUGGCAUUCAACUAGAGUCGAUCGGAAUGAAUCUACUGGACUGGCUAGAACCUACUCUCACGUUCGUGUCACGAUGAAAGGGUGGGCGAAGGUGUGUGGACGUUCGAAAGGGGUUAACUAG